AUGGCAAUAUCAUCCACGUCAGCCGCUCAUGCUCACGCUGUACUCCUAAAUUCUCUCACAGAAGCCUCUAAUCUCUAUCCCAAGGAGGAGGGCGUCACUUACAGCUAUGGAACAGCUGGUUUUAGGACAUUGGGGGCAAAACUUCCAGCUGCCGUAUUUCGAACAGCUCUUCUCGCCGUUUUACGUUCCAAACGUCUCGAAGGUGCUUCAAUAGGUGUCAUGAUCACCGCUUCUCAUAACCCUGAGCCUGAUAAUGGGGUCAAGAUUGUCGAUCCUUCUGGUGAAAUGUUAGAUCCCACAUGGGAACAACAUGCCACCGCCCUAUCGAAUUGCCCUUCUACCGACUCCCUCAUUUCCACUUUCACCACUCUCGCCACGCAUCUUCACGUGGAUCUGUCCCAGCCUGCAUCUAUAAUCUUCGCACGAGAUACACGACCCAGCGGACCUGAUUUAGUCAAAGCAUUGGAGGCUGGUCUCCAUGCAUUUGGUGAUAAUGUGAAGAUCAAGGAUGUAGGAGUGACCACGACCCCGAUAUUACACUAUGUGGUCAAAGCUACCAAUGAUCAGUCAGGAACAUAUGGCGCACCGACCAUUGAGGGGUAUAUGCAGAAGAUGUCUAAAGCUUUCAAGGAGCUUGUCGGAAUAAGAGGUCCUUUGGUACCACUCUUUGUGGAUUGUGCGAAUGGAGUUGGCUCCUCUGCGGUGGACACAAUGAUACCUCUCAUCGAGGACGUCCUUUUACUAAGACCGAUGAAUACUGCCACAGGGACCAAAGGGGCCUUGAACGAUGAGUGCGGAGCCGAUUAUGUGAAGACGAAACAAGCGAUGCCACCAAAUCUCGCUCAACUAGGAACGUUAGACAAGCCGGGUACCACAGGAUGCAGUUUUGACGGCGAUGCGGAUCGAAUUGUUUUUUACUAUGUGGAGGAUGCGACCAGAACCUUCAAGCUACUCGAUGGAGAUAAGAUCGCUACCAUGGUGGCCGUAUACUUCAAGGAAUUGUUGUUACGAACCAAAUUAACAGGAGAGGAAAAGCUCAGUAUGGGAGUGGUUCAAACGGCUUACGCCAAUGGUAGUUCUACAAAGUAUCUCGAGAGUCGAGAUAUACCCGUCGAAUGUGUACAAACAGGCGUCAAGCACCUGCAUCACGCAGCGAAGAAAUUUGACAUUGGGAUAUACUUCGAAGCCAACGGACAUGGUACCGUUCUUUUCUCCCCACAUGCUAUCGAAACACUCCGAAAAGCAUCCCCCGUCACACCCGAAGCAGGUAACGCUAUCCGUCAUCUCUUAAACUUUUACGAAUUGAUCAACCAAGCUGUCGGUGAUGCCAUGUCCGACAUGUUACUCGUCGAAGCCGUUCUCGCGCAUAAGGGAUGGGGAUCUUCAGAGUGGAACGCAGGUUAUCAAGAUUUACCAAAUAAACUGGAAAAAGUGAUUGUACCUGACCGAAACCAUUUCGUGACUUAUGAUGCGGAAAGAAGAUUGAAUCAUCCUGUUGGUUUACAAGAAUUGGUCGAUGUAGAAGUUGGAAAAUAUGAGAUGGGAAGGGCUUUCGUUAGACCUAGUGGGACGGAGGAUUGUGUUAGAGUGUAUGCGGAGGCUAAGACCAAAGAAGAUGUCGAAGGUGAGUUCUGUCUACAUACCACAAAGGUCGCAAGCUGA